UUCAGGACACUGCGGCGUCAGAUAGGCAGCUCAUAUAGAUAGUCCAGCAGAGACCACAGCCAUGACUGCCAAUCAGUCUCACAACCCGGCGACGUCAGAUGUCUCCUCCGAGAAGGCGCAGUCAGAGCCGCAGAACCAACUUACGCAGCGCUUCACUGAGGCAGAGUGGAAUGCACUGAGAAGAUUGAGGCCCAUGCUUCCUGAAAUCCGCCGCCUCGCAUAUGAAAGCGAUACGCCCAAGACAUUCUCUAUAUGGGGUGUCACUAUAGACCCGACAGACCCUGCAGCCGACGCCAGAGUGAGCGUAGUGCUGAUGAAAUUCUUGCGUGCGCGGAAGCUCGAUGUUGGCUCCACGAAGACGCUUCUGAUCGAGCUUCUCCGCUGGAGGCAAGAGGUCAAUAUCGAUGAGCUUGUGAACAGAGAGUUUCCGCGGCCCAGAUCUCCCGCCGUCAAAUUUGGCAAGGACAAAGCAGGGCGCCCAGUAUUGUACAAUCAAAUCACCGUUGAGGCUAUAAAACGAAUGUGGGUCGACCUCGAUGAGGAUUCAAAGGCUGUAAUUCAGCAGACGACGCGAAAUCUGGAGAAACUCGCCCGGUAUCUGGACUACGAGUCCGUGGACCAGGUGACGCGAGUGGCAGACAUGGAGUCGAUGUCAGCCGACGACUUCACCAACAACAGACCUCCUAAUGCGGUACUUGCUCGCAUCGUGAGCAACUACUACCCCAACCUUUCGGCCCACAGGCUUGCGGUCAACGCACCGCUCCUUCUAUCCAUGUUUGCGCGCGUCUCUUCGUUUUUCGUCACUCCCGAAGAUGGUACAAUGCGAUUCGUGGGGAGAGGCAAGGAGACGGUUGCCAAGAAGCUGCUCGAAAUCAUCGAUGCUGAGCAGCUGCCGAAGCAAUACGGAGGGAAAGCUGAUGGAUUUUUUUGGCCAACGGCGGACGCUACUCAGCUAAUCCAAACGACCGCGCAAAUCAAUGCGGCUAUUGAGAAGAGGGUGUAAAGUCCAGACUAUUCAGCUUCAUGAAGAGCUUAAUUUAGUGAAAGACAGCUUUUAGGGACUCAGUAUAACCUGAGCAUAUGUAAACUACAACCUCCGUCGAACCAAG